UGUGUUUUAAAAUGACAAAAAUAUUAAUUAUAUGUUUAUUUAUUAUUAUAAUUUAAUCAAACAAAAUAAAUAAGCAAACCUAUUAAAAGCGACAUUAAUUAUCGUUUGAGGAAUUCGCAAAAUUCUGACUCAAAGAUUAAUUUACUUAGAUACAGUAAAACUUACAGUUUUAAUAUGACGAAUAACAUUCAAAGCUGUUUUUCUUUUAACUUUAAAAGUAUUCUCAUUGAUGAGAUAGGCCUUAAUGGUUUAGAAGGCAUAAGCCUAGAUUUUCUUUGGAAGCGUACGGGGAGUAGACUAUCGUGUACUCUUACACCGAAAGUAAUACGCAAAUUUUGGAACUUCUUAUCCUCUUCGCAAUCUGUAUCUUUUUACAGACAGGAUACGCCUGUACCUAGGAUAGAUGUAUUGGAUCGAUUCACUUUAGUGGAUGAAGAAUCUGGUCAACUUUUGGACCCUCCUACAGCCCUUGAUGGGCCUUAUGAGUUCUGUCCGAUCGAAGGGGAAUAUGGAUCAAGUGCUAAUUACAAAACCAGAUCACUAAUACCCUUUGAACUUAUAAGUACAAAGACCUAUGAGGAAAUAGUAGAAACAUAUGGUGAUAGAUUAGUAAUAGUAGCAUCAAUAGAAGUAAGAUGGCAAGCUCUGGCCCCGCAUUUACCCAUAUGUCUCCUAUCUAUGCUGUCACCAGUGCAUUACUGUAUAUUAGAGCUGGUUGGCAAAGGAAGAAGAAAUGGGCAAAUGACAAUUGGCAAUACUAAUCUUACUAAAAUAGUGAAGGAGUCUAAACUACUAUUUUACAAUAGAAAAACAUUGCAGAACCUAGAUUUAAUAAGAGUGCAAUGUGUUACACAAGUCAUGGGAGAUAGGGGUAUGAAGAGUUUAUUGUUACGACUGAAACGCUUCCAUGAGCCAUUUGUAAAGUCUCAACCAAAAAUAGGCAAAAUACGAACUUUAUUUGAAUAUCUCCUUAAACAACCAAAUUAUAGUGAAAGAAAUGAAAAGAUGAUUAGAUUGGGAUACCUAACUCCUCAUCAAAGUAAACGACUACAAAAAACCAUAAACAUUUUCAAAUUUGUAAACUUCCCAUAA